AGGAUGAAGCUCGUCAAGAAGAGGAUCGCCGCCGAUGGCUCCGGCUCCGUCAAGCUCGUUCCAGAGGAAGACGACGAUCUCUGGAAUGCCUAUAAUCUCAUUGCAAAGGAUGAUCAGGUCUCCGCCGUCACAAUGAGAAAGGUACAACGUGAGAAUUCAAGCGGUGGAAGGGACGCAGAGAGGGUCCGAUUGAAACUAGAAGUUCUUGUGGAGGCAACCGAGUUCGACAAUAUCGCUUCGGUCCUGCGCAUUCGUGGCAAAAAUCUCACUGAAAACGACCAUGUCAAGCUCGGUGCGUAUCACACUCUGGAGAUCGACCUCCAAAGAGCCUUUGUGCUGACCAAGACUAUAUGGGACAACUGGGCUCUGGAGCUACUAAAAAAUGCUACCGAUCCUACUGCAAAUGCCGAUGUAGUAGCGGUGCUGAUUGACGAGGGGCUAGCACACAUCUGCCUUGUAGGUCAAAACAUGACAACAAUCAAGGCACGUGUGGAAGCCUCUAUUCCUCGCAAACGUGGUGCAGCGAUUGCCGGAUAUGACAAGGCGCUGAACAAAUUCUUCGAGAACGUAUUUCAGGCGCUAGUAAGAAGCGUAGACUUCACUUUGAUCCGCUGCAUAAUACUUGCUAGUCCUGGAUUUACGAAGGACCAGUUCUUUGAUUACAUCAACCUUGAGAGCACCAGGAGGGAGAUCAGGGCUAUCAUUGAAAACAAAUCGAAGUUCAUUCUAGCUCACUCAUCAUCCGCCUACAAGCACUCACUUAAAGAAGUCCUUGGCUCGCCCUCUGUUGCUUCUCGAAUCAAAGAUACAAAAGCGGCCCAAGAGGUCCGGGCCUUGGAGCAGUUCUUCAACAUGCUAUCUACAGACCCUCUGCGAGCGACUUAUGGCCCCGCUCAUGUGUCAGCAGCGCACGACAGAUUCGCCGUCCAGACGCUUCUCAUCACUGACGCACUCUUCAGAAACGCGGACAUUCCGACGAGAACAAGGUACGUCGAGCUCGUCGAGUCAGUGAAAGAAAAGGGUGGAAACGUCCACGUCUUCUCCUCGAUGCACGUCUCCGGCGAACAACUGGCGCAAAUGACCGGCAUUGCCGCCAUCCUCCGCUAUCCCCUCCCCGACCUCGAGGACCUCGAAGUAUAAAAGCGCUCGUUUAGACUAAAAAGCUAUGGUAUAGGGAACAGAGGGGCCAGGGAGCCCUAAUCGCCAAAGCAAUGGAGGUGUUUCAAGUUGCUCCAA